CCUCCACUCGCCUCAGGAAACAUUCACGCUUUGCGAUACGAAUCGUGCAGCGGGCCCUGGGUACCACAGGCAUGAUGAGAACUUCUGGCCACAUACAUAGAAGCUAUCCACCAUCAACAGUUUGAUCGAGAAUAACAUCAUUCUCAAUGGCUUCGCAGCCAAGUUCACCGAACCCAGCAGUUGGGGAGCCUGCUCAAACACCCCUGGAGUCCAAGACUCAAGAGCUGGCAGCGACUUCCGACACCAACACUGAUGCGCAAAAUAACCGAGCAACCGAGUCCUCCUCAGCAUCCAACCAAGAAUCCUCGGUCGCAUCUCCAUCCAACAACUCCGAAGAGUCCGAAGAGUCCAAAGAAUCAGGCGAAGCUUCGCCAAUCAAUCCCGAGGCGAAGACGGCCAGUGCACCUCCGCUACCCAAUGAACCGCCUCCGCCCGCAGAAGACGACGGAUGGGAUUUCCACUGGGACGCGACUCGCCAAGCCUACUUCUUCUACAAUCGCUUCACUCAAGAGACUACGUGGGAGAAUCCUAGACUUCGCACUACUGCCACCUCUGCAGUGCCAGCGGCUGCUGCGCCAGGCACCGCCGAACCGCCCAAGGAGGCACCCCCAGCUGGAGGCUACAACCCUGCCAUUCACGGAGACUACGAUCCCAAUGCCUGGUACGCACAGGGCAAUCAGGAGGAGACAUCUGAAAUGAUUCCGACGGUAGAUCCCGCGGCAGCAUACGCAGCAAUCGGAUCUUUCAACCGCUUCACAGGUCGAUGGCAGGGUGACGACCAGAACCCAGAUAAUCACAAUGAUGAGAAUAAGUCACGACGUCAGAUGAACGCUUUCUUUGAUGUCGACGCCGCAGCCAACUCCCACGAUGGACGAAGUCUCAAGGCGGAACGCUCGGGGAAGAAGCCAUCCAAGACUGAACUGAAGCAGUUCAAGGAGAAGCGACGUGCCAGGAAGGAAGAGAAGCGCAGAGCAUGGCUGAGGGAUUGAGCAUGUGUGAUGGCAUGCGAAUGGCGUUGCAGAGCCAAAAGGUCUAGGCUUCUCGGGGCAAUCAUGGACUAUCUAUUUGUUCUAUUGCAUAAACCGUGCACGGUGUACUGGCGUUACGACUUGGGCAUGGCAAGCUCUACGUCCUUGGGAGAAGACUUGGCCCGAAGAUCAAGCAUUGGCGAGAUCUGACAUGAUAUUUGCAAGAUGUCACAUCUCAAGUAAAUCGUGUCGGCUACACAGCUUUGGCGAGAUCUGACUCGAUAAUUGGGAGAUAUCACAUCUCAAGCAAAUCCCGUUGGCUUAUAGGAUAGCCUGAAUUGCAGGGACUGGAAAAGGAUAUGUAUACAACCUGAUGGAUCGCAACUAAUCGGUCGCAUAACAGGACUUUUCAUGAGUAUACUAGACGACGGAAUAUACCCUUUUCAUUUCAUACCGACC